AUGCUAAUCCAACAAGUUGAGGAGCUAAAGAAAGGAAGAGAGGAAGACAGAAAAAGAGCUGAAAAAGAGAAGCACUCAUUGGCAGCAGAUAUGACGAAGCAACUCGAGUCUAAGCAACAUCAUGUAGAGACUUUGACGGAAACCGUAGGGGAGAAAGAGCGAAAUGAGACGACCCUAAGACAACAAAUUGAGGAGCUAAAGAAAGGAAGAGAGAAAGACAGAAAAACAGCUGAAAAAGAGAAGCACUCAUUGGCAGCAGAUAUGACGAAGCAACUCGAGUCUAAGCAACAGCAUGUACACACUUUGACGGAAACCGUAGGGGAGAAAGAGCGAAAUGAGACGACCCUAAGACAACAAGUUGAGGAGCUAAAGAAAAGAAGAGAGAAAGACAGAAAAAGAGCUGAGAAAGAGAAACACUCAUUGGCAGCAGGUAUGACGAAGCAACUCGAGUCUAAGCAACAGCAUGUAGACGCUUUGACGGAAACUGUAGGGGAGAAAGAGCGAAAUGAGACGACCCUAAGACAACAAGUUGAGGAGCUAAAGAAAGGAAGAGAGGAAGACAGAAAAAGAGCUGAAAAAGAGAAGCACUCUUUGGCAGCAGGUAUGACGAAGGAACUUGAGUCUAAGCAACAACGCAUAGACACUUUGACAGAAAUCGGAGUGGAGAAAGAGCGAAAUGAGACGACGCUAAUACAACACGUUGAGGAGCUAAAGAAAGGAAGAGAGAAAGACAGAAAAAGAGCUGAAAAAGAGAAGCACUCAUUGGCAGCAGAUAUGACGAAGCAACUCGAGUCUAAGCAACAGCAUGUAGACGCUUUGAAGGAAACCAUAGGGGAGAAGGAGCGAAAUGAGACGACCCUAAGACAACAAGUUGAGGAGCUAAAGAAAGGAAGAGAGGAAGACAGAAAAAGAGCUGAAAAAGAGAAGCACUCAUUGGCAGCAGAUAUGACGAAGCAACUCGAGUCUAAUCAACAGCAUGUAGACACUUUGACGGAAACCGUAGGGGAGAAAGAGCGAAAUGAGACGACCCUAAGACAACAAGUUGAGGAGCUAAAGAAAGGAAGAGAGGAAGACAGAAAAAGAGCUGAAAAAGAGAAGCACUCAUUGGCAGCAGAUAUGUCAAAGCAACUCGAGUCUAAGCAACAGCAUGUAGACACUUUGACGGAAACCGUAGGGGAGAAAGAGCGAAAUGAGACGACCCUAAGACAACAAGUUGAGGAGCUAAAGAAAGGAAGAGAGGAAGACAGAUCAAGUGCUGAAAAAGAGAGGCGCUCAUUGGCAGCAGAUAUGACAAACAAACUGGAGUCUAAGCAACAACGCAUAGACACUUUGACAGAAAUCGUAGGGGAGAAAGAGCGAAAUGAGACGACGCUAAUACAACAAUUUGAUGAGCUAAAGAAAGGAAGAGAGGAAGACAGAUCAAGUGCUGAAAAAGAGAAGCGCUCAAUGGCAGCAGAUAUGACGAAGCAACUCGAGUCUAAGCAACAGCAUGUAGACAAUUUGACUGAAACUGUAGGGGAGAAAGAGCGAAAUGAGACGACGUUAAUACAACAAUUUGAUGAGCUAAAGAAAGGAAGAGAGGAAGACAGAGCACAAUCUGAUAAAGACAAGCUCUCAUUGGCAGCAGAUAUGACGAAGCAACUUGAGUCUAAGCAACAACGCGUAGACAAUUUGACAGAAAUCGUAGGGGAGAAAGAGCGAAAUGAGAUGACUCUAAGACAGCAAUUUGAAGAGCUACGGAAAGGAAGAGAGAGGGACAGAGUGCGAUUUGAGAAGGACAAACUGUCAUUAGAAUUCAGCUGGAAGAAAGAGCAUGACCAUAAGGAACAGGUCUUGGAGCAACUCGAGCGUGAGACCUGGAAGCUGAGAACCAAAAUUCAACUAGAAAGUGAGAUACGAUCAACAGAGCGGAAGAAGAAAGCAGAGACACAACAAUGGAGUUUCAUUCCUUGGAAGACCUCUGGAAAACAAGCACAGGGUGGCACAUCAUCAUCUGAGGAUAAUUCAUCCGGAGGACUGGGAAGGAGUGAUACAUUACAAGCAGGAGAGGAGCCCCCAGAUGAUGAGUUUGCAGGCAUAUUACAGCAGAUAGCUGACGAUCUUUACGAUGAAGCCAAGAUCGACAGCCUUGCUGGUCAGCUGGGAAUCCUACAUAGUGAUAUACAGAGAGCGCUCAUGACCAAUGUGAAGUUCAACCGUGUUACCAGUGAUGGAACUCGCCACAUGCUGAAACAAUGGAGAAGAGGUGUGUCAAGGGAAGCUGAACGGAUUGAGCUAAUGAAGGCACUGCAAGCUGCCAAGUUGGUCAACCUUGCAGACCUGUAUCUCAGCAAAAGUGAAGCAGAAGACCAGAUCGAUGCUGAAUAUGCCCACGAAGACGUCAAUAAUCAGCAGCUCUCCAAUAGAGAAGAGACCUCUCUAGAAGAGGACCAGACCAAAGGACACACUGACGACAUACAGGUACUUCAGGAAGCUACCUCAAGCAGUAACGAAACUCCUCGAGAUGAGCAUACAGAAGACAUGGCUUCCAAAACCCAGGAGGACUUGACAGAUGGAAGUAGGAGUCAACAUCUUGACCAAUCACAGGAGCGCAGUACGGAGGACUUGGAUGAACCUGAGGUGACUUCUGAAGAAGUGUCAUUUGAAGAAGUUCAUCCUGGUGAUGAUAUGGACAACGUUAGUAGCAUUCAACCCUCUGAACAAUCGCCCAGCCAUGGAAUGCCAGUCCUACCUGAAGACAUGUCUGAGAAAGCCCCUCUGGUAUCUUUUGGUGGGAAACCCAACGAGGAAUCCACCACCUUGGAUACAAGCCAUGUAGGCGGAAUCAUAAUAUUUAAAAAGAGGGAGGGGGAAAUGGAGAGAAAAAUAGAGAGAGCAAUGAAGAGAGAACUAAAGAAUAGGAGAGAGAACCAAAGAGGGAGAGAGAGAGAGAGAGAGAGAGAGAGAGAAGGGGAGGCGGCUGCGGAGUUCCCCAAGGCUCCGUCAUCGGCCCUCUGCCAUUUCUUCUUUACACUGGUCCUCUCGCAAGAACCAUCAAUCGUCAUUAGGGUGUGA